AUGGCUUCUCAUGAUAGGAUGGAGAGGAAUAAGAAAAAGACAGAUUCUAUUGAGGCUUCACUAAAACGUUUAGAAGCUCAAAUAGAACAAAUUGUUGAAAAGCUCAAUAAAGAGGAACUAUCAAAUCAACCUGAACAAGCCAAUUCCAUUACUACUAUUAAAAGAGGUAAGGUUGUCGAUAAUAUUGCUAUGGAAACUGAAAGGAAUUUUUCUUCUUAUGCAAGUACACCUAAAAAUGAUGGAUUAGUACAAAGCAAUGAGGAAAGCAUACAAAAGGAAGAAAAAGUAGAGCCUAAUCUUAGGCUGGAGAAGAAAGAAAAGGAAGCAUUUUCUGGACCUGAAUUUUAUAAGGCAGCUCAGCCUUAUAGACCCCCUAUUCCUUUUCUAAACCAACCCAAAGAGGCUUAUGCAAAAUUCUUUGAAGAGUUGAACACCAACAAAAGGCGAUAUGCGAACAACGAAAAAGUACAAGUAGCAAGUAUAAUGUUUCAACAUCAAUUUCCCCUUAAGAUGAAGGAUCCUGGUAGCUUCACCAUUAAUAUUACAAUAGGUGCCAAAGAGGAUACAAAAGUCAUGUUAGAUUUAGGAGAAAGCAUCAACUUGAUGCCGUAUUCGAUGUAUGAACUACUUGGCUUUGGAGAGUUGAAGCCUACCAUUAUGUCUCUACAAUUUGCAGACAGAUCGAUAAAAUACCCUAGAGGUAUAGUAGAAGACUUGCUAGUGCAAGUAGGUAAGUUAAUAAUUUCAGUUGAUUUUGUAGUACUUGACAUGAAAAAUACACCAACAAGGGAUAAAGAGCAAACCAUACUCCUUGGUAGACCUUUCAUGGCAACUACAAGAACUGUGAUUGAUGUGCAUGAUGGAAAACUUACCAUGACAGUUUUAGGAGAAACUGUGGAACUUAAAGUGUUUGAUUCUCUAACUUUAUCUCCUAAGUCUACUAUUGAUAAGUGUUCAUGUAAUUAUUUAGAUUCUCUUGUUUAUAAACAAUUAUAUGAUGAUAUUCCAUUCUUAAUUGACAAGAGUUUUCAUGAAACUUUAGAUGUUCGCAUAAAUAGUAUGAAGCCAUACUUGAAACGAAUGGCUUAUGACGAAAAGGUGGAGUACGCUGAUGAACGCCCACCAUAA